UAAUGGUCCUUUACUAGCAGACAUUUCUACCACCAUAUUCCCCUCAUCUUACUUUCACAGAUUCUUGUUGCAUAGUGUCCAUAUUAAUCUAAGCUUUUCUCUUUUCUUUUUUCUCCCCCUCUUUCCCUCUUAGAUGCUUUUGCUCUCUUUCUUUUUUUUUCUUUUUUAUUUUUUAUUUUCUCGUAGUGGGAACAUUAUUUACUGCAGCAAUCAUUAAUCUUUCAAACAUAUUAUUACCUCAGUUGCUGUCCAGAGCUCCAAAUAGUUGGCUCAUUUGAGAGUCAAACUCAAAAACCCACAAUCCCACUUUUCUGAUUACUUUGAUUUUUCAGGAAUUUUAAGUGUUGUUAAGGGAAUCUUUGCUUGGUUAGUUGCUUUGGAGCAUUUCUACGGCUGAGUUUUUGGUUGGUAGCUAACAGGAUAGAAACCAAAGUUCUCGUUUUGUUAAGGAAAAAAGUUGGAAUUUUCGAAGAUUCCUUGAUUCUUUCUCUGGUUGGGGUGUUGGAGAAUUUUAUCAUCUUACUCAAUUCUUGGUGUUUUGAGGUUAAAGUUUGUGGCAAUUAAGGUGGAUAAGGUAGCAUCAGCACAUAGCCUUUCACUAAUUUGUUGUCUUUCUAAUCUGAAUUUUUUGAGGUGGUUGGUUGAUUUGAUUCAAAAUUCUCAAAUUUGUUAGAUGGGAUUCUGUGAUUAUUAUUAUGUCUGCUCGAGGGCUGUGUUGGUGUUGCUAUUCGAUAAAAAUGGGGAAAAUUUCUGAGUUUGUUGCUGUUUGAAAGUUUUCUGUUGGAGAUAGAUGAACUUACUUCACGUAGUUGGAUUUGGGUUGAAGGUGGGCCAUCUUCUUUUGAUGCUUUGCUGCUGGUUUCUGUCUCUGAUCUCUUUGAAUUGGCUGAGUAAUGGAAAAAUCAUGACCACCAAGAAUAGUUUGCUUGGUGAUGGAGGGAAGAUAUGGAUGAAACUGUGGGAUCAGCUACCGGGCUGUGGUUCGAAGAUCCAUCACCAGUAUUCACAGUAUAUAUCCUUGAGGAGAGUGAGGAAGAAUUGGUGGACCAAGCUUUUGAUAACAUGGAUAGUAUUUGGGAUCAUAACAUCGCUGUCUGUGUUUUGGUAUAUGCGCUCACAAGCCAUCGAGAAGAGGAAAGAAACGCUUGCUAGCAUGUGCGAUGAGAGGGCAAGGAUGUUGCAGGAUCAGUUUAAUGUCAGCAUGAACCAUAUCCAGGCAAUGUCUGUGAUAAUUUCAAUCUUCCACCACGACAAGAAUCCCUCAGCAAUUGAUCAGAGAACUUUCGCAAGGUAUACAGAAAAAACAUCAUUUGAGAGACCUCUCACAAGUGGAGUUGCAUACGCAGUGAGGGUGCUUGAUGCUGAACGAGAGCAAUUUGAGAUUCAACAAGGAUGGACUAUUAAGAGAAUGGACAAGGAUGAACAAACCCCAGUUCAUGAAGACGAAUAUGACCCUGAAGACCUCGAGCCAUCGCCUGUGCAGGAGGAAUACGCUCCUGUCAUCUUUGCACAAGAAACUGUUGCUCAUGUAAUCUCUGUUGAUAUGCUGUCAGGAAAGGAAGAUCGUGACAAUAUAUUGCGUGCCAGAGAAUCAGGAAAAGGUGUCCUAACUGCCCCAUUUAGGUUGCUCAAGACGAACCGGCUAGGAGUGAUACUGACUUUUGCCGUGUAUAGGAGAGAUCUCCCUCCCAAUGCAACCCCUGCUGAAAGGACCCAAGCGAGUGCUGGGUAUCUUGGCGGUAUCUUCGACAUUGAAUCACUUGUAGAGAAACUACUUCAACAGCUUGCUAGCAAGCAGACCAUCCUUGUGAACGUGUUUGACACUACCGAUUCCUCCCGUCCUAUCAGUAUGUAUGGCUCAAAUGCCUCGUCCGAUGGGCUGCUUCGUGUCAGUGCUCUUAACUUUGGAGAUCCGUUCAGGAAGCAUGAGAUGCAUUGCAGAUUCAAGUAUAAGCCACCAUGGCCAUGGGUUGCAAUAACUACAUCUGUCUUUAUCCUUAUAAUUUCAUUGCUUGCGGCGGAAAUAUUCCAUGCUACCCUGAAUCGAAUAGCCAAAGUUGAGGAUGAUUAUCAUAAAAUGAUGGGGCUUAAGAAACGCGCAGAGGCUGCUGAUAUUGCAAAGUCUCAGUUUCUCGCUACUGUUUCUCAUGAAAUCAGAACCCCUAUGAAUGGUGUUCUUGGGAUGCUUCAAAUGCUCAUGGAUACACAUCUUGAUGAAACUCAACAAGACUAUGUCAGAACUGCAAGGGAGAGUGGUAAAGCUUUGGUUUCACUUAUUAACGAGGUGUUGGACCUAGCGAAGAUUGAAUCUGGUAAACUUGAGCUUGAAGCAGUUAGCUUUAAUUUGAGGGCAAUUCUUGAUGAUGUUUUAUCACUAUUUUCGGGAAAAUCACAAGAUAAAAAAGUCGAGUUGGCAGUUUACGUCUCUAGUAAAAUCCCUGCUAUGCUGGUUGGUGAUCCUGGAAGAUUUCGACAGAUAGUCACGAACCUAGUGGGGAACUCGAUCAAAUUCACUGAUAAAGGACACAUAUUUGUGACUGUUCAUCUCGUUGAAGAAGUGGCGGAGAUGGAAGUGGAGAGAGACCCGACUAGCUCCUUGAGUGGCUUGUGUGUAGUUGAUAGAAGGCAAAGCUGGGCUGACUUCAAAAUUUUCAAAGAGACAUCCACGAUCACGUCCCUAGCAGAUCAAGUUAGUAUUAUCGUGUCAGUUGAGGACACUGGUCAAGGGAUCCCACACGAAGCUCAAGCCCGUGUAUUCAACCCGUUUAUACAAGUCGGCCCCUCCAUCACCAGAACACACGGCGGCACUGGUAUUGGCUUGAGCAUCAGUAAGUGCUUGGUCCACCUCAUGAGAGGUGAAAUCGGGUUGUCCAGCUCCCCCGGCAUUGGAUCAACCUUCACUUUCACAGCUGUUUUCACUAACGGCUGCUCCGAUUCAAACGGUGAGAUCGCUCUGCCUGCUGACCAUCCUUCUAAUACUAUCUCGUCAGAAUUCCAAGGGAUGAAAGCUCUGGUCGUGGACCCUAACCCUGUCCGCGCCAAGAUCUCCAGAUAUCACAUCGAGCGACUUGGAAUCCACGUUGAAGUAGUUCCUCGUAUCAGUCUAGUAUCGUCCAGCUCAACACCGGUAAACAUGGUUUUCGUUGAAGAAGAUGUCUGGGAUAAUCAAUUAGACGCGUUGGUUGCUUUAAAUGAGUUAAGGAAAGAUUAUGAAGUCAGCCCUAAAACCUUGCUUCUUUCCAAUUCGUCGAGCUCUAACCGGGCCGGAGCUUCAGCUUCUGGUGUCCCGACUCCGUUUGUUGUCAUGAAACCACUGAGAGCGAGUAUGCUUGCUGCCUCCCUGCAGCGCGUUAUGGGUGUUGGGAACCGAGGAAAGCAUCGCAAUGGAGAGCUUCUUCACACAUUGUCCCUCAGCAGUCUCCUUCAUGGCCGGAAAGUUUUAGUCGUGGACGACAAUCUGGUGAACCUCAGGGUGGCUGCCGGUGCUCUGAAGAAGUAUGGUGCUGACGUGGUCCACGUAGAACGAGGGAAAGACGCCAUCUCAAAGUUAACUCCCCCCCAUACUUUUGAUGCCUGCUUCAUGGACAUUCAAAUGCCAGAGAUGGAUGGGUUUGAAGCAACAAGGAGAAUCCGGAAGAUCGAGUCUGCCAUCAACAAUGGUCUCCAAAGCGGAGAGCUCUCCAUGGAAGACUACUGCAACGUCUCAAACUGGCACGUGCCGAUUCUGGCCAUGACUGCAGAUGUCAUCCAGGCAACGAACGAGAAAUGCUUGGAGUCCGACAUGGAUGGCUACGUCUCAAAACCAUUUGAGGCGGAGCAGCUUUACUGGGAGAUCUCACGAUUCUUUCAGACAGCGACAGACGAGCAUCCCUAGAAGGAAUCUGCUCCCAUACGUGAUGAACUGAGGUGCUGCUGCUGCAUUAGCUAGGUUGUGCAUAUUCCCAAUUGUGAGUAUGCCAUUUUCAGCUACUUGCUCGGUUUUUAAACGUGGAGUAGCACAGUGCAUGAUCGAUGAUCUAUGCUCGUUGCAGGUGAAGGUUUUUCUUUGGUUGUAUAUAGAAAGUUGAAGAUUCUUUGUGGAGACUCCGUUUUGGAUAUGGCAAAACGGAGCUCCUUUUCGUCUUGGGUGUGCUUGUGGCCAAAGGUUUGUUACUCGAAAGUCGAAGACUAUUCUUUUCGCGGAGAAGCCCUAGAUGUUGGAGCAUCAUUUGUAUGAUAAGAAGAAGAAGAAGAAGAAGUAGGUUAGUGUUGCACAAUGUUAGGUUGUAGAAACUAAAAGUGUAUGAUAGGUAUAUUUUGUGGUGCUUGAAUAAUAAUAGAGCCAAUUCACAUUUGGAGCAGGGGAUUUUGUUUAGUGGGAGAGCUUUUCAAAUCAGUGAUGUCAGUAUGUACAUACUGUAUUUCAUGGUGUAGCUGUAGAAAUUAUUUACCAAGUAAAAAUACAUAUUUGGAUCCCA